AUGACAACAGAAGUCAUGGCAAGACGGGCCUCUGCAGAGCUCAACGUUUCCCCCGAAACAACCGCGUCUGGGGGGGUCAAACGCAUUUACAUCUCGAACCUGGAUUUCGACACCAAUGAAGAGGAUCUGAAACAGUUUUUGCAAGAGUUCAACGUGCUCACGGUGCUGAUACCGAGCCAAACCGUCCGUGGGUUCAGAAAUAGCAGUGUGAGGCCGCUAGGAAUCGGCUACGCAGACUUUGCCACUGCUGAGGACGCUCAGAACGCGGUCAAGAAUCUAAACGGCCAGAAACUACACGACCGGGCCCUCAAAAUGAAGAUGUACGCGCCCUUCGUUGCUAAACGCAAGGAACGCCGGCCUUCAAAGAAGCAGAACAGCACGUCCGUUUCGCUAGGUGUGAACAGAUCCGACCCAGUUAUGGCCGAUACUACGGCACAGGAGCCUGUGGCAGCAGAAGCACAAGAACCCGUGGACACAACCGUCGAAGCUACUGCACCCUUGCCAGAAGCCCCUAAAACGAAUUCCGAGCCGGUUUCGGAUGACACCCUAUAUUGUGCAUAUCUGCCCUCCAACGUCACCGAUGUCGAGUUGCGCGAGUUUUUUGCCGACUAUGAUCCGCAAGAUAUAUACGUUUACCGCAGCAGCGUGUCGCGGCAUCGUAUCCAUCUGUACCGUCGCUUCACUGCUGCGUUAGUCACGCUGGGCGCUCCAAACUCUCUGGAAAACGCCAUCAGCCAGCUUUCCAAACAGAAAUUGAUGGGCAAGAAAAUAACUCUCAAGCCCGCUCGAUUGUCGAAAAUGCAGGAGGUCAAGAAGGCUGCCGCCAAAAAAAUGGAGCUGGAACAGGCUCAAAUGCGUAAGCAGUCCAUAGCAGACGACGCUCAGCCAAUUGCGGAAAACCAGGAGCUGGAAACUACAGAAGCUGCACCUGCAAGCUAA